AUGGAUAUUUCUCCAUGGACUCUUGCGAAGCUCCUUAUACCUCAGAUCCCACGAAUCUUGAAACUAGCAAUCUACAAUCGGCUAGGCUUAUCACCUUGCGCAGAUGAGCAGGACCCACGUACCGAGAUUGUGGUCUCGAUAAUCAAGAGCACACUUACAGGCAAGAAACCCCUGAGUGUCAUUCAGCAAGCGGGCCUCAAAGAUCCUGGGAUUAAGGGCCAACUGUGGAUUGCGACGGCAUGCUGUCCUGCACCUGACAAUGAGAUUCGUGAUGCCGUGAUUCGAUCUGUCAAAGAGCUGGGCGAUGGUACUGAGCAAUACGAUUUACCUACAACAACGGAUGUGGAAGGUGAAUGGACAGGACAUAGGAGUGGUGUUGACAAGAAGACGCCUCGACCGAACUUGGCUGGUGGUGAGAAAGAGCACUACGCAAACCUGAUGAAAGAAGUCACAAGUCCUGUAACCAUAUUGUAUUUCCAUGGCGGGGCUUAUUUCUUGAUGGACCCGAUCAGUCACCGAGCAGUUACGAGCGCACUGGCAAAGAAGACUGGUGGCAGAUGUUUUUCAGUGCGGUACAGAUUGGCGCCACAGACGCCUUUCCCUGGUCAAUUGGUCGAUGCACUGACCGCAUAUCUGUAUCUUCUUGCGCCGCCUGAGGGUGCUUUCCACGAACCUGUGCAGGCAAAGAAUAUUGUGUUUUCUGGAGACAGUGCUGGUGGUCAUCUAAGUUUUGGUCUUGUGCUGCUGAUUCUUACACUGCAGAGAGCAGGCGUGACCAGUAUCAAGUUUCAUGGCAAGGAAGUGCCGCUCGAACUGCCAGCUGGUGUCGCAGGUAACUCGCCCUGGGUGGACGUUCUGAGAAGUUUGCCCAGCGUAACAACGAACGCAAAGUACGACUAUCUGGAUCCUCCUAGCCCAACCGGUCUACCACUAAAGCCUUUACCAGAGGACGAGAUCUGGCCUACCAAGCCACCCAGAGCCGAGAUCUUCUGUAGAGCCAGUACAUUGACACAUCCACUGUGUUCGCCUCUUGCUGCAAUGCCGGAACAUUGGAAAGGUGCACCACCUGUAUUCAUAUGUCUAGGUAACGAAGGAUUGGAAGAUGAGAUUACUGUUUUCGCAAGAAGGCUAUAUCAGGCUGGGGUUAAACUCGAAUUUGUUGGCUACGAAGGACAACCACAUUGCUUUGCCAUGAUUUUCCCGACGACUGCGGCUGGUUCGGACUGUAUGAAUCGAUGGGCAGCCUUUGUGAAACGGGCUGUGGGGGGUGUUGCUGAGCGUACCGAUACUGGAAGAUGGGGGAAAGCAAAAUCGAACCCUAUGCAGUGGAGAGAAGUCAAGCUCGGCGAGAUGGGUGUGAGUGAUGAUAUGGUGAAGAGUAGGAUGGAUGAGAUGAAGGCUUACGGAACAGAAAGGGAAGAGAAUUGGCGGAGAGAAUACGAGAAGACUGGGCGAGCGCGAUUGUAA